AUGAGCAUCGCUCUUCAACAAAGCCGCCCGAAAUGUCAACGUACGAACCGCUACUCGUCUUUAAAUCGCCGCACCGCCCCGACCUCCUCCGCGCUUUUCCAAGACUACCCCGGCUCGCGCCCGUCCUCCUCAUCCUCCGGACAGCGGCCCAGCAGCUAUGCCUAUCCCACAUCAUCACAACCAGCAAAUUCCUCUUCUUCACCCUACCUACAGACACCCUACUCCUCCACAAACCACAGCACGCCUCAAAGGCCCUCGUCAGGAGGAUUCCGCCCCGCGACGCCCAACUCCAAAGGUCAAUACUCCGCCUCGGUCUUAGAGGAACUUGAGUCUCAAAAUGAAAUCACGCAAACCACGCUCCUGAGUCAAAAGGUCUCGCAGCUCAAGUCCCUCACGGUCGCUAUCGGUGAUGAAAUCCGCGACUCGUCCCAGCUCGCGCAGACGAUCAAUGAUACGUUUGAGAACACGGGCGUGAGGUUACGGGGCACGAUGAGGAGGAUGCUACGCAUGGCAGAGCGGACGGGGGUGGGGUGGAGAGUGUGGGUGGUGUUCUUCAUCGCCGUGUGGGCUUUGUUUGCCUACGUGUGGCUAUUCUGA